UGUGUGUGCAUUAGUGGAUGCAUGUGGAAGUGAAACAGAUCCCUCAGGCCUGCUAGCCUAUCAUGCUGAAUUUGUCAUUCGUUGCAGCGCGACAUUUUUCCCUAAGCUUCUGCACAGUAAAGCGAGAGACACAUACACACACAGCAAAGGAGAGAGAGAGAGAGAGAGAAUGAUUUUCCCUGGGAGCUGAUUUUUUUUUAACUGCGUGUUGCUGUGGAUUCAUGAAGAAGUCAGACAGAUCAAUUGGACCCAAGAUUUUGGGCCCGAAUUACUGGCAGUUAAUUUUCAGCUCGUGAGAUACAAAAGAGAUUUUGGAAUGAAAAAUUCAGAUGUCAUCAAUCAAGGAGUUCUAAGUUGGCUGAAACAGAAUUAGAUGAUACCGGCUCUGAGGCAGCCUGGAAAUCCUAUUGCUCUAACAGGCUUCUAAGGCUCCGACCUUGACACCUGGGGUAGGAGACACUCAUAUCACCAAAAAGCAGGUAUUCCCUGGGGCCCCUCUAUUGUCAGGUUAUUCAUUCAGCUGAAUCCACCAGACUAGCAGCCGAAACUUCAAAUGCUCAGAUGGAGGUGGAUACAGAUGAGAAGCGUCAUCGCACACGGUCCAAAGGUGUUCGAGUUCCUGUGGAACCAGCCAUACAAGAGCUUUUCAGCUGUCCAACUCCUGGUUGUGAUGGGAGUGGCCAUGUUAGUGGUAAAUAUGCAAGACAUAGAAGUGUUUAUGGCUGUCCUUUGGCUAAGAAGAGGAAAACACAAGAUAAUAAACCACAAGAGCCAGCUCCUAAAAGAAAAUCCUUCUCUGCAAAAGCAGAUAACUCCUCUGUAGAUGAGUGCUAUGAAACAGAUGGGACAGAGGAGAUGGAUGAGAAAGGCGAGGAUGAGGAAUACUCAGAAGACAAUGAUGACCAGGAAGAUGAGGAAGAUGACGAAGUAGAAAGAGAUGAUGAAGAAGAAGUAGAGGAAGAGGAGGAGGAGGAGGAGGAAGAAGAAGGAGAUGAAAUAGAUGAAGACGACGAUGAAGAUGAAGAAGAGGAUGAUGAGGAAGAAGAACAAGACCAUCAUCCCAUGGAUUGUCACGGUGGUCGAAUAAUGCACGACACAGAAAAGGAUGAUAACAAUAAUGAUGAAUAUGAUAAUUAUGAUGAACUGGUGGCCAAGUCAUUGCUGAAUCUUGGCAAAAUUGCUGAGGAUGCAGCGUACAGAGCCAGGACAGAAUCUGAAAUGAACAGCAAUACUUCAAACAGUAUGGAAGACGACAGUGACAAAAAUGAAAUUAUGGGGAGGAAAACAGAGCUUAGCUUAGACUUGGACAGUGAUGUGGUUAGGGAAACAGUGGACUCCCUUAAACUGCUGGCUCAAGGGCAUGGUGUGGUCCUUUCAGAUAACCUCAAUGAUAGAAACUACAUGGACAUUUCAUCUUCCCAGGAAGAUUCAAGGAAUAUGAACUAUGUAACAUUAGGGAAGCCAAUGAACAAUGGACAUUCAGAGAAAAUGGUGGAGGAGAGUGAUGAGGAAGUGUGUUUGAGUAGUUUAGAAUGCCUGAGGAAUCAAUGUUUUGACUUGGCCAGGAAACUUAGUGAAACAAAUUCACAUGAUAGAAAUCAACAGCAAAAUAUGAACAUGAGAAUGCCUAGGCAAGAUGAUGACUACUCUGAUCGAACACCUGACAGGAAUUAUUCAGACAUGAUGAACUUGAUGAGAAUUGAAGAACAAUUGAGCCCCAGAUCAAGAACUUUUUCUAGUUGCGCUAAAGAGGAUGAGUGCAAUGAAAGAGAUGAUGAUACUACCUCCAUCACCUCAGAUAGGUCAGAAGACGUUUUUGAUAUGACUAAGGGUAAUCUAUCAUUAUUAGAAAAAGCCAUUGCCCUAGAGAGUGAGAGAGCAAAGGCAAUGAGGGACAAGAUGGCAAUGGAAGCUGGAAGGAGAGACAGCAUGAGGGUCUGUGAGGACCACCCAAUGAGACACCUCUCGGGAGAAGAAAGAAGGCCAAAGUCAAGUGACGCUCAUGUCAAAAAGCCAUGCUUUACAAAAGAUCCAUCACGCACGGAAAAGAAAGAGAGCAAAUGUCCCACACCAGGCUGUGACGGGACAGGACACGUAACUGGUUUAUAUCCUCAUCAUCGGAGUUUGUCAGGAUGCCCACACAAAGACAGGGUACCUCCAGAAAUUUUAGCCAUGCACGAAAAUGUUCUAAAAUGCCCCACACCAGGCUGCACGGGGAGAGGCCAUGUAAACAGUAACAGGAACUCUCACAGAAGUCUUUCUGGGUGUCCGAUUGCUGCAGCAGAGAAAUUAGCAAAAGCCCAAGAAAAACAUCAGAAUUGUGAUGCAUCAAAGUCAAACCAAGCGUCGGACCGUGUUUUAAGGCCUAUGUGUUUUGUUAAGCAAUUAGAAAUCCCUCAGUAUGGCUACAGGAAUAAUGUAUCAACGACCACACCUCGCUCCAACUUGGCAAAGGAAUUAGAGAAAUAUUCGAAAACUACAUUUGAAUAUAAUAAUUAUGAGAAUCAUGCCUAUGGGAAGAGAGCUAUAGCUCCCAAAGUACAGUCCAGGGACAUUUCUCCGAAAGGAUACGAUGCCAAACGUUACUGCAAGAAUGCAAGCCCCACAAGCAGCACAACAAGCAGCUAUGCCCCCAGCAGCAGCAGUAGCAAUAUGAGUUGUGGUGGAGGCAGCAGUGCAAGCAGUACGUGCAGCAAAAGCAGCUUUGACUAUUCUCACGACAUGGAGGCUGCACACAUGGCUGCCACCGCCAUCUUGAAUCUAUCAACUCGCUGCAGAGAGAUGCCUCAGAACCUCUCCACCAAACCUCAAGAUCUGUGCAGUCGGAAUCCUGAUAUUGACGUUGAUGAAAAUGGAACACUGGACCUUAGCAUGAACAAACAGAGACAACGGGAUGGUUGCUGCUCCAUUCUAACUCCACUGGAACCAAUGUCACCUCAACAACAGGCCGUUAUGAAUAGCCAGUGUUACCAAAUGAAUGAGGGAGACUGUUGGGAUUUACCAGUAGACUACACUAAAAUGAAACCCAGGCGAAUAGAUGAAGAUGAUUCCAAAGAGAUUAAUCAGGAAGACUUAGACCCAUUCCACGAUGCUCUUGAAGAACGAAGGUACCCCGGAGAAGUUACCAUCCCAAGUCCGAAACCCAAAUACCCUCAAUGUAAAGAAAGCAAAAAAGAUUUAAUAACUUUGUCUGGCUGUCCGCUUGCAGAUAAAAGCAUUCGAAGCAUGAUGGCGUCCAGCUCACAAGAACUAAAGUGUCCAACUCCUGGUUGUGAUGGCUCUGGGCAUAUUACUGGAAACUAUGCUUCCCACAGGAGUCUUUCAGGUUGUCCUAGAGCAAAGAAAAGUGGUAUCAAGAUAGCACAGAGCAAAGAAGACAAAGAAGACCAGGAACCAAUCAGAUGUCCUGUUCCUGGUUGUGAUGGCCAAGGUCACGUUACAGGAAAGUAUGCAUCACAUCGCAGUGCGUCAGGAUGCCCGCUGGCAGCUAAGAGACAGAAAGAUGGAUACUUGAAUGGGUCCCAGUUCUCUUGGAAAUCUGGAAAGAAUGAAGGCAUGACAUGUCCCACCCCAGGGUGUGACGGAUCUGGACAUAUCAGUGGAAGUUUCCUUACGCAUCGCAGUUUGUCGGGAUGCCCAAGAGCCACCUCAGCAAUGAAGAAAGCCAGAUUAUCAGGGGAGGAAAUGCUGACAAUAAAGCAGCGGGCGACCAAUGGCAUUGAAAAUGACGAGGAAAUAAAACAACUGGAUGAAGAAAUCAAAGAACUCAACGAGUCCAAUUCACAGAUGGAAUCCGACAUGAUUAAGCUGAGAACUCAGGUACUGGACGAGCGUCCUGUUGCUUGCCAAGAACCCUGUGUUGAUGAAUACCAAUUUCAUAUUACCACGAUGGAGAGCAACCUGAAGAACAUAGAGGAGGAGAACAAAGUAAUUGAACAGCAAAAUGAGUCUCUUCUCCAUGAGCUGGCAAAUCUAAGCCAGUCUCUAAUCCAUAGUCUUGCUAAUAUUCAGCUUCCGCAUAUGGAUCCAAUCAACGAACAAAAUUUCGACGCUUACGUGACCACCUUGACGGAUAUGUACACAAAUCAAGAUCGUUACCAGAGCCCGGAAAAUAAGGCGCUACUAGAAAAUAUCAAGCAGGCCGUACGAGGGAUACAAGUCUGA